CUCUAUCUUGAUAUUAAAAUUCUGAUAUACCUAAGGUAUCUAAAGUAAGUGCCGGAACUUCCUUCGGGCAAGGGCAGGUAGGAAGUGACGUCACGGUCAUGAUACUCGUUCCAGCUUCCCCGGAUUUCCACAUGUACAAUAUAAGUUGACUUCCUCAUCUCUUUUCUUUCCUUCCUUUCUCUAUUAAAAUCCCCUCUCUUCCUUCAUUCAUUUCCACAAAAUCAUCUUCUCUCACCACAGAAAUAUCUUAAAAUGGCACAACCCAACCCAAUAAAUCAAUCCUCAUCCCUCUCCUCCACAGGCGGCACAAACGAACCUUUAACCACCGGCUCAACAUACAACAACCCUUCUCAACCUACCACCUCCACCACCUCCACAACCACCAGCAGCACAGGAACAGGAACAGAAUCAACAGGCAGCAAACUCAAAGGCGUCCUAGCCGGCAUCCACGGCGCAGGCGAGAAAAUCAGAGGCGAGUUUAAUAGUGCGGUAGACGAAGGUUUCCAUGAACCGGGUGGGGUGGCGAAGAAUAGAGCUGUGGCGGAUGCGGGGGAGGGCGAGAUUGCUACGGGGCAGUUUACUGGGGAGACGAAGAAUAGGGAGGGGGUGGUGCCGGGAGCUGAUUAUGGGAGGAGGUUGUGA